GCUCUGUCUGCCGCGCGCACAUCUGUGGUGCCAGGUCGCAGGAGACACCGCCGCGCUUCCGCGAGCCGGUCAAGGCGGCGCCGUCUGCCUGACCUGGGUUUCUCUGCGGCUACGAGUCCUGGCCACCUAAGGGGUGUUGAUUGACAAGGAGAGAAGAGGAGAAACUCAGAGAACAGUCUACCACUUGGAAUAAGUGUCGCUCGUGGACUGUUUUUCAUUAGGCUCUCCUCGAUGAUGAAUUCCCUCCCUCGCCACCACCAGGAUGCAGAAGAUCUCAGUGCUGCUCUCCCUGGCCUGGGUCUGCUUCCUCUUCUACGCGGGCAUUGCCCUCUUCACCAGUGGCUUCCUGCUUACCCGUUUGGAGCUCACCAACCAUAGCAGCUGCCAAGAGCCCCCAGGCCCAGGAUCCCUGCCAUGGGGGAGUCGACAGGAGCCUGGGGCCUGCUGGAUGGCUCCUCGGUUCUCCCGGGUUGUAUUGGUGCUGAUAGAUGCUCUGCGAUUUGACUUCACCCAGCCCCAGCACUCACAUGCUUCUGGGGAGCCUCCUGUCUUACUGCCCUUCCUGGGAAAACUGGGCACCUUACAGAGGAUCUUGGAGAUUCAGCCCCACCAUGCCAGGCUCUACCAAUCCAAGGCUGAUCCGCCCACCACCACCAUGCAGCGCCUUAAGGCACUCACCACUGGCUCGCUGCCUACCUUUGUUGAUGCUGGCAGUAACUUUGCCAGCUAUGCUAUAGUGGAAGACAAUCUCAUUAAACAGUUCACCAGUACAGGAAGGCGUGUGGUCUUCAUGGGAGAUGACACGUGGAAAGAUCUUUUCCCUGGAGCUUUCUCCCAAGCUUUCUUCUUCCCAUCCUUCAAUGUCAGAGACCUACACACAGUGGACAAUGGCAUCCUGGAACACCUUUACCCGACCAUGGACAGUGGUGAAUGGGACGUGCUGAUUGCUCACUUCCUGGGUGUGGAUCACUGUGGCCACAAGCAUGGCCCUUACCACCCUGAAAUGGCCAAGAAACUUAGCCAGAUGGACCAGGUGAUCCAACGACUUGUGGAGCGUCUGGAGAAUGACACACUGCUGGUGGUGAUUGGGGACCAUGGGAUGACCAUGAGUGGGGACCAUGGAGGGGACAGUGAACUGGAGAUCUCAGCUGCGCUUUUUCUGUACAGUCCAACAGCCCUCUUCCCCAGCACCCCACCAGAGGAGCCAGAGGUAGUUCCUCAAGUCAGCCUAGUGCCUACACUGGCCCUGCUGCUAGGCCUGCCCAUUCCAUUUGGGAACAUUGGGGAGGUGAUGGCUGAGCUAUUCUCAGAGGUCGAAGGCUCGCAACCUUACUCUUCUGCUGUUGCCCAGGCCUCAGCUCUCCAUUUAAAUGCUCAGCAGGUGUCCCGAUUUCUUCACACCUACUCAGCUGCUGCUCAGGACCUCCAAGUUAAGGAGCUUCAUCGACUGCAGAACCUAUUUUCCAAGGCCUCUGCUGACUACCAGCGUCUUCUGCAGAGCCCCCAGGGGGCUGAGGCAGCACUACAGACUGUGAUUACUGAGCUGCAGCAGUUCCUGCGGGGAGUUCGAGCCAUGUGCAUUGAAUCUUGGGCUCGUUUCUCCCUGGUCCACAUGGCAGGCGGCACUGCUCUCUUGGCUGCUGCCUGCUUUCUGUGCCUGCUGGCAUCCCAGUGGGCAACAUCCCCAGGCUUCAACUUCUGCCCUCUUUUCUUAAUACCCAUGGCCUGGGGUCUGGCUGGGGCUGUAGCAUGUGCUGGAUUCCUGACAGCUGCUGGACUGAAGCUGGAUCCAGUGGUUCUAGGGGCUGUGGCUGCAGUGGGCACCCUCCUGCCUCUUCUGUGGAAAGGCUGGGCUGGCUGGGAGUCUAACAGGCCACUGGCAGCCCUCCUUCCCAUGCCUGGGCCUGUCCUGUUUCUCCUGAUCAUUCGCUUUGCUGCUUUCUUUUCUGAUAGUUUUGUUGUAGCUGAGGCCAGGGCCACCCCAUUCCUUUUGGGUUCACUUAUCUUGCUCCUGGUUGCCCAGCUUCACUGGGAGGGCAAGCUGCUGUCACCUAAGCUACUCACAAUACCCCGCCUUGGCUUCUUGGCCCCACCAGACUCCCCACGGCACAAUGGUGUUCAUGCCCUGGGGCUUGGAGUUGGGUUGCUUUUAUGUAUAAGGCUAGCUGGCCUCUUUCAUCGCUGCCCUGAAGAGACACCUGCUUGCUGCUCCUCUCCCUGGCUGAGUCCUUUGGCAUCCAUGGUGGGUAGUCGAACCAAAAAUUUGUGGUAUGGAGCUUGCGUGGGGGCUCUGAUAGCCCUGUUAGCUGCUGUGCGCCUGUGGCUUCACCACUAUAGUAAUCUCAAGAGCCCGGAGCCCCCUGUCCUCUUCAUACGCUGGGGGCUGCCCCUGAUGGUACUGGGCACUGCUGCCUACUGGGCAUUGGCUUCAGGGGCAGAUGAAGCACCCCCACGUCUCCGGGCCCUGGUUGCGGGGGCAUCAGUUGUGCUACCUCGGGCUGUGGCAGGGCUGGCUGCUUCUGGGCUUGUGCUACUGCUCUGGAGGCCUGUGACUGUGCUGGUAAAGGCUGCAAUGGGUGCUCCAAGGACUAGGACUGUCCUUACUCCCUUCUCAGGCCCCCCAACUUCUCAGGCUGACUUGGAUUAUGUAGUUCCUCAAAUCUACCGACACAUGCAGGAGGAGUUCCGGGACCGACUAGAGAGGACCAAAUCACAGGGCCCCUUGACAGUGGCUGCUUAUCAGCUGGGGAGCGUCUACUCAGCUGCUAUGGUCACAGCGCUCACUCUCUUGGCCUUCCCACUUCUGCUGUUGCAUGCAGAGCGCAUUAGCCUUGUGUUCCUGCUUCUGUUUCUGCAGAGCUUCCUUCUCCUGCAUCUGCUUGCUGCUGGGAUACCCAUCACCACCCCUGGUCCUUUUACUGUGCCAUGGCAGGCAGUCUCUGCUUGGGCCCUCAUGGCCACACAGACCUUCUACUCCACAGGCCAUCAGCCUGUCUUUCCAGCUAUCCAUUGGCAUGCAGCUUUCGUGGGAUUCCCAGAGGGUCAUGGCUCCUCCACCUGGCUGCCUGCUUUGCUGGUGGGAGCCAACACCUUUGCCUCCCAUCUCCUCUUUGCAGUAGGUUGUCCAUUGCUCCUGCUCUGGCCUUUCCUAUGUGACAGUCAAGGGCCCCGGAAAAGGCAGCACCCCCCAGGGGAUGAAGCUGAGGCCAGAGUCAUGCAUGAGGAGGAGGAGGAGCCACUAAUGGAGAUGCGGCUCCGGGAUGCACCGCACCACUUCAAUGCAGCGCUUCUGCAACUGAGCCUCAAGUACCUCUUUGUCCUUGGUAUUCAGAUUUUGGCAUGUGCCUUGGCAGCCUGCAUCCUCCGCCGGCAUCUCAUGGUCUGGAAGGUGUUUGCCCCCAAGUUCAUUUUUGAGGCAGUAGGCUUCAUUGUGAGCAGCGUGGGACUUUUUCUGGGCAUAGCUUUGGUGAUGCGAGUGGAUGGUGCUGUGAGCUCCUGGUUCAGGCGGCUAGUUCUGGCCCAGCAGAGGUAGUCCAGGCUGCAUGUGCUGGCUCCUGGCUAUGGGGAGAACUGGAGGACAGUCCAUUCUGGCCUGUAUGGGUGCUGUAUCAUCUGCAAGAGAGGCUUAGCCACAUUUCUUACCACCAUGCAGCCAAGAGCUACUGGCAUCUGGGACUUCGUUAUUUUAUAAUCCAUAAUUAUAGUGUAGCCUGAUCCCUAACUCCUGCUUUGGAUGCAUGGGGUGGUCUCUAAAGUGGAAUAAAAUAAUAAUGUAAA